AUGGCUCAGCAGAGGAUCUGGAAACGACGAGAAAGCUUACCAAUUCAUAAAAAGAAGAAGGAGAUAAUUGACCUCAUCGCCAAGAACCAAGUUGUGGUGGUACAGGGAAGCACUGGGUGUGGAAAAUCGACACAGAUUCCCCAAUUCCUCCUGGAGAAUCAUCUCGCACGGGAACAAGGUGCCAGCUUUGUUGCCUUCAUCACUCAACCAAGGAGAAUCUGUGCCAAGUCAUUGGCAAAACGAGUUGCUCAAGAACGAGGAGAAACUCUGGAUCGAAAGGAAAAGAUCGCCAACAGAUCGGUUGGAUUUGCGAUGAGAUUUGACAACAACUCACCCCGUGGUUAUGGAUCGAUUUGCUAUGUGACGGCCGGAUAUCUCUUGCGGAAAAUGCAGUCGGGACUCCAUGGAGUCAGCCAUUUGUUCAUUGAUGAGGCACAUGAGAUGGAUAAAGAUAUCGAAAUCCUUCUGACUCUUGCAAAAGAUUUGGCGCAAAAGUUUCGAGAUUUGAAGAUUAUUAUCAUGAGUGCUACCAUCAAUGUCGCUUCUCUUCAGGAGUACUUCCCGAAUUGUGGGUUCCUUCAGCUUCAGGGAAAAACGGCGUACCCAGUGGAAGAUUUCUAUUUGAGUGAUGUGAAGCGAAUUCUUGAAGCUGCCGAAAAUGAGAACAGUGAUCCACAGAAAGAGCAUUCUCCUAGCAACGAUUCUCAAUUAGAAGCGAAAUUCGAUACUCUGCCUGAACUGAAUGAAGACAUGGCGGCUCUCAGUUUGGAGCACAAAAUCGAUGAGAGGUUGCCGUUUGAUUUGAUCCAGCAACUCAUCGAGUACAUUGACGGAAACGAGGGUGAAGGUGCGAUUCUCGUUUUCUUGCCUGGCUGGGGAGAGAUCAAACGCCUUUUCACAUUGCUCCGCGAUUCCAGUGCUCUUGAUCAAGAAGCCAUCAAAUUGUUGUGUCUUCACUCAAAACUUCCAAAAUGGCAACAGAAAUUGGUCUUUGCAAAAGGCGAAGGAAAGCGAAAGAUUAUUCUUUCUACAAAUCUUGCUGAAAGCAGUGUCACGAUUGAGGAUGUCGUUUUUGUGAUCGACUCUGGAUUGGCUCGAGUAGCUCGCUUCUCUCCCGAAACGAACACCAACUACUUUUGUACAAUCAACGCCUCACGAGCAAAUUGCUUGCAAAGAAAAGGCCGUGCUGGGCGUUGUCAAAAAGGAAAGUACUACUUAAUGGUCCCCAAGGAGAAAUAUGACAGUUACCACGAAUUCAACGAGUCAUCUCUGCUGAAUACAACUCUCUACAAUGUCUACUUGACAAUCAAGGCACUGAAACUCGGAGAUGUGGAAGAUUUUCUGGGAAGAGCCCCUUAUCCGCCAUCAAGCUUGCGAAUUGUAGAAGCAAGGUGUAAGCUACAAGAAAUCGGAGCUCUCGAUGUGCACGAUCGGUUGACGGCUCUUGGCCGGGUUCUGGCUGAAAUUCCACUCGAAGUCGAUCUUGGAUCAGCUCUCAUUCUCAGCCGCUUAUUUGGUGUUCACGAUCAUGUUAUCGAGCUCAUUUGCAAUACUCAAAAUGCUCCAUGGAAUUUAAUGAUUGCCAAGAAAGCUAUUAACAAAAUCAAGGAGCUGAAAAACAGCUACAUAAAGAAGAUCCCAACGCCAUCGGAUCAUGAAGUGAUGAAAUUAGUGGCUGAGAAAUUUGCGUUACUUUACGAAGCGGAUCAGAAAGCUUUUCUGAAGACGUAUUCUUUAGAUGGUGGUGCGAUGCGGGAAGCAAGGCGAUCGAACUUGCAACUACUUCAAAUCUUAGAGCGUCACUUCGUCAAAAAUCCGCAGAAGAAAACGAAGGAAGAGAAUCCUUCGCUGUCCCUGGGCAUCCUCUCUCGAGCUUUUUACCCGAAUACCGGAGUCAUUGAUAAAGAAUCGAAAAAGAUCAUAACGAUUGCUCAAGACUGUCCCGAGAUCAACUCGAUUUCUGUCGCUCACACGAACAAUCAAGCAGCGAAUCGAAUUUGCUUUUUCAACGAAAAGACCCAAAGCAAUAAAAAAGUUCACUGCCAAGAAAUCUCGACAAUUUCACCGGUUCAAUUGAUUCUCUUUGCGGCUGGGCUUGUGAAGAAAAGUGAAAAUGGAGAAGUUUUGAUUGGCGACACAAUUCGAAUCAAAUUGGACCCAACACUAGCCGACGCUUUGCUUCAGCUCCGCAAAUGGAUCAAGAAUCAUCUCAUUAAUUUGUCAGCAAUUCCUGAAGAAACCACACUUAUCUUUAACCAUUUUCUGAAGCUAGACUAUAAGAAAUGU